AUGGAUCAUGUGCGUGGGACUGAGAGGUUUAUGGAGCUGAGCUCCGUCCGCUGUAAAUCACGCUGCCUUCCCCGCUAUAAAGCACUGCUGUCGGUGCUGCUGGCCGUGAACGUGCUGCUCCUCGCCUGCACGCUCGUCAGCGGCGGCGCCUUCAACAAGGUGGCCGUGUACGACACCGACGUGUUCGCGCUGCUCACCACCAUGAUGCUGCUGGCCGCGCUCUGGAUCGGCUUCUACCUGCUCCGCACCGCGCGCUGCGCCGACGCCGUGCCCUAUCGGGACGCGCACGCGGGCCCCAUCUGGCUCCGAGGUGGGCUGGUGCUGUUCGGGGUCUGCACCCUGGUCAUGGAUGUCUUCAAGACGGGCUACUACUCCAGUUUCUUCGAGUGCCAGCCGGCCAUCAAGAUUCUGCACCCUCUCACCCAGGCUGUGUUUGUCAUCCUCCAGACUUACUUCCUCUGGGUCUCUGCUAAGGACUGUGUUCACGUCCACCUGGAUCUGACCCGGUGUGGCCUCAUGUUCACACUCACCACCAACCUGGCCAACUGGAUGGCGGCCGUGGUGGAUGAAUCCGUGCACCAGGCCUACUCCCACAGCAACGCCAGCCACGCCCGCCUGGCUGCCGACCCAGAGCGCGUGGGCAGCCAGGCCGGAGGCGACUGUGCCUGCGCCACGACCGUCUGCCAGAUCUUCGAGCGGGGCUACUUCUACCUGUACCCCUUCAACAUCGAGUACAGCCUCUUCGCUUCCACCAUGCUCUACGUCAUGUGGAAGAACGUGGGCAGGCUGCUGGCCUCCUCCACCCACGGCCACGGCCACGGCCACGGCCACACCCCAUCCCGGGGCAGCCUCUUCCGGGAGACAUUCUUUGUGGGCCCAGUCCUGGGCCUGAUGCUCCUCCUGGUGGGGCUGGCCGUCUUCAUCAUCUAUGAGGUCCAAGUGAGUGGGGACGGGGACCACACCCAGCAGGCCCUGGUCAUCUACUACAGCUUCAACAUCGCCUGCCUGGGGCUCAUGACCUUGGUCAGCCUGAGCGGCUCGGUCAUCUACCGUUUUGACCGCCGGGCCAUGGACCACCAUAAGAACCCCACACGCACCCUGGACGUGGCCCUGCUGAUGGGCGCCGCCCUGGGCCAGUACGCCAUCUCCUAUUACUCUACCGUCGCCGUGGUGGUGGGCGUGCCCAGGGACACGCUGGGGGCGCUCAACCUCGCCCACGCGCUGCUCAUGAUCGCCCAGCACACCUUCCAGAACGUGUUUAUCAUUGAGAGCCUCCACCGGGGCCCGCCGGGGGCUGAGCCCCACGACGCCCCUCCCAAGGAACCCUGCCUUACCUUCGCCAACCCGGAUGCCCUCCACACUUUGCCAACCUGCCCACCCACCCCCAGGUCGGUGAGCCCCAGCCUGGUGGGCCCUCAGGAAGCCACGGCCAUCUUCCUGGCCCCCCGGGCCCACUGGAGACGCCGGUGCCUGAAGGACAUUUCUCUGUUUCUUCUGCUCUGCAACAUCAUUCUGUGGAUCAUGCCUGCCUUCGGGGCCCGCCCUCACUUCAGCAACAAGGUGGAGGUGGACUUCUACGGCUACUCCCUCUGGGCCGCCAUCGUCAACAUCUGCCUGCCUUUCGGCAUCUUCUACCGCAUGCACGCGGUCUCCAGCCUGCUGGAGGUCUACGUGCUGGCCUGAGGCCCCCGCAGACACGUGGAGGGGGGCUCAGCAAGCGCCCACCCAGAGACCCUCGGGAGUGAGCCCCAGGCUGGCACAUUACCCGCUCGUACCCCCGCUGGCCCCAGAGUGGAAUUUUCACAAAAGCUAUUUUUUCAGGAUGUUUUUAAAUUGCAAUCGGGACAUGCCCAGCCACCCUGGCAUGACCCUGGUGCAUGGGGCUACGGGGCAGGGACGCCUCUCCCUAAAGCGUUUCUAGAACCAGGUAAGAUUCGGGAGUGUCCGGGGCUCCGGCUCCGCCCCUAAUCCCAGCCCUGUGACCUGGCCAGUGCUGCUGCCCGCAGCUGGGAACCAAUAAACCUGCAGUUCGC